CAAUGAAAGCAACAUUUUCUACAUAUCUCACUGAGGGGCUUAUUUUAGUCUCUCCGGCUAUGUUUCUGCUUGUUUUGCUUUUGAUGGCCACAGUUAAACUUCCACACAACCAAUUUUGUGUUUUACUUGGAAUUGCCCAAUUAUUUUUCUUAGUUUUAUUUGCUCUUUUUUCACAACACGAUCCUAAUGCCCUUCCUUCAUCAGUUCCAAUCGGUUCUGUUUUGAUACAAGAAUCACAGAAAAAAUUAACUGAUUUCCAAGAUGUUCAUUCUAUACUUCUUGUUGGUUUUGGGUUUCUGGUUGUUUUUGUUCGUCGAUAUGGAUUUGGAUCGUUUACAAUGUCAAUGAUGUUAACGGCUUUUACUUUAGAAUUAGCUCUACUUGUUCGAGGGUUUUUAACUGAUGAAUUUGCCCUCUAUGGAAAAUUUUACGUUAAUCUACAAAAUUUAAUUAAUGCUGACUACACAGCUGCAGUUGUUUUAAUCUCUUUUGGAGCUUUAUGUGGUAAAUUGUCUCCAAUGCAAUACUUGCUUAUGGCUCUAAUUGAAGCCCCAUUUUCUAUCUUUAACGAAUAUAUUGUUGUCAAAAUACUUGGAGUUCAAGAUUUGGGAGGUUCAAUGAUUAUUCACGUUUUUGGGGCUGUUUUUGGAUUAAUUGCUGGACGAGUACUUUUUACUAAAACAUGGAGAGACAGCGAACAUUUGGGGAGUGUUUAUCAUUCUGAUAUAUUUACUUUUGUUGCUACCGGCUUUCUUUGGGUCUUUUGGCCUUCCUUCAAUGCCGCAAAUGCAUUCGGAGCAGAUGCCCGUAAUCGUUCAAUUGUGAAUACAUACACAUCCUUAAUUGGUAGUACAAUUACUGCUUUUGUUGUUUCCUCUUUUUACAACAAAAAAGAGAAUUUCAAUGUUCGCCAUUUGGUUAAUGCCCCAUUAGCGGGUGGAGUUGCUCUGGGUGCUUGUGCUAAUAUUCUUUUGGCACCUUUCGAUGCUUUAGCUAUAGGGGUUGUUAGCGGGGCUGUUGCUGUUUUUGGAUAUAUUUUUAUUUCUCCAAUCCUCGAAAAGAAAUGCGGAUUUAGCGAUACAAGAGGUGUAAAUAAUUUACAUGCAAUGCCCGGAAUGAUUGGAGUAUUGGCUAGUGCAAUAGUUCUUCUUUGCUACAAAGAUGGAAAUUAUAAUUUUAGUUCAAGAAUUAUUCAAUCUGGACGAACCCAAUCCCAACAAGCACUUUUCCAACUUUGUGGUCUUGUUGUAACCCUUUUGUUAGCCGGAGUUGUUGGGGCAAUUACUGGUCUCAUUUUAAAACUUAAUUGGCUUACACACGUUCCUGAUUCGAAAGUCUACUGUGACGAUAAUUUCUUUGAUGUGCCUGAAGAUUAUGAGUUUACAACAAGAAUUUCUUCAAAUAUUGAACAUUUAGAAUUUACAGAAAUGAAGCCUACAAAUGAAAAAUCAAAAUUAAUGCCUUCGGUAAUGCUUAAAAAAGCAAAUAUGUAA